AUGGUGUACAUUCGACAGGACAAGCUGCCCAAGCUCAAAGAGUACAAGUACUCGGGUGUGGAUCACAGUCUUCUCUCACAAUAUGUGCUGAAGCCCUUCUACACCAAUGUCGUCAUCAAAUGUUUUCCCAUGUGGAUGGCGCCGAAUCUUAUCACGUUGACUGGAUUCAGCUUCGUUGUCAUCAACUUCCUUACUAUGCUAUGGUAUACGCCGACUCUAGAUCAAGAUUGCCCAACAUGGGUGUACCUCAGCUGGGCUGUUGGCCUUUUCCUGUACCAGACAUUUGAUGCUGUCGAUGGAAGCCAAGCCCGCAGAACUCGCCAGAGCGGCCCUCUUGGUGAAUUGUUUGAUCAUGGAGUUGAUGCGAUAAACACUACACUGGAGGUGCUGCUGUUCUCUGCAGUCAUGAAUCUCGGCCAAGGAUGGAAGACAGUUCUUACGCUCUUUGCCUCAUCAUUGACAUUUUAUGUCCAGACUUGGGACGAGUACCACACGCAUACCCUGACGCUUGGUAUCAUUUCAGGGCCAGUAGAAGGUAUCGUCAUACUGUGCAUUGUGUACGCCUCGACAGCCUUUCUUGGUGGUGGUAGCUUCUGGCAACGCCCCAUGCUUGCGACUUUGGGCAUCAAGCAAUUCGAGUUUAUCCCGGAUGCUCUGUACAACAUGGCAUGGAAUGAAUGGUACAUGGUUCAAGGAGGAUUUGUGCUGGUGUUCAACACCUAUCACAGCGCCUUGAACGUCAUGAAAGCGCGCCGCGCACGUGGUCAGAAGACACGCGUUGCCCUACUUGGACUACUUACCUUUGCGGGCGCCUGGAUCCUGAUACCUGCCUACUUGUACCUUCAGCCCGUCAUUCUGCACCACCAUCUGGUACCGUUCGUUUUCUACGCCGGUUUGAUCAACGCCUACUCGGUUGGAAGAAUGAUCAUCUCCCAUCUCACAAAGUCGCGUUUCCCAAGGGGCAAUGUACUCAUUUACCCUCUAAUCUUCGGAGUUGUUGACUCUCUUGGACCCUGGCUGCAAGAAAACUUUGGUGUGGGCUGGCCGAGUGCUCUAGGUAACGACGUUUACCAAGUAGCAUUCGUCUUCAUGUGUCUAGGACUCGCUAUCGGAGUGCAUGGAAGCUUCAUUGUGGACGUCAUCUGGACUAUAUGUGAUUACCUCGACAUCUGGUGUCUUACUAUCAAGUACCCAUAUCAGCCAGUGGCGGAAAAUCAAGAAAGGAAGAGUCAGUGA